AUGACUCCAUUCACUAGCAGCCUCGUCGGAACUACAGCAGCUACCUCAGCUGUGCUAAUUCUUAUCGCCGUGAUCUCUGUUGGCUACGUUGUUAACGACCUGAACAACUUCUAUAAUCAUUCUAGGGAAAGGAUCGAGCAGUUCAGGAGCGUUGCUGACGAUGCCUGGGCAAGGAUGAUCCAAAUCGACGGAGGAGCAAGAUUCGCCCGUCAGGCCUAUGAUGACAGUGGAGUGUACAAUGAACCUACAACAGCGACGCCACCAUCCUCAACACCAGGACCACAGCCGGAUUCCUGCCCUGUUGGUCCCCCAGGACCACCUGGUCUGCCUGGAGAUCCCGGAACUGAUGGAGAAAAUGGAAAAGAUGGUAAUCCUGGCGAACCUGGUUCUAGACCCGCAACGCAGGAUAACCCAUACGCACAGGAAUGCACCACGUGCCCUCCUGGUGCUCAAGGACCACCUGGUCCCGAUGGACCUGCAGGCCCACCUGGACCUGAUGGAAAGCCCGGCACUGAUGGCCAAGGCGCCAAUAAUGGAGCACCAGGUCAACCAGGACCCCCAGGGGAUCAGGGGCAAGCAGGACAGCCAGGAGCACCUGGCCAACAAGGGCCACCUGGAAAGAAUGGCCAACGCGGACAAGGGAAACCUGGAUCAAAAGGUCCAAUGGGACCUCAAGGUCCUGCCGGCCAGCAUGGACAGGAUAGUGAUGUUGGAAGUCCCGGAGCUGAUGGCCAACAAGGAGCUCAAGGACAACCAGGACAAGAUGGAGCUCCUGGACCGGAUGGUCCUCCCGGCCCUCCUGGUCCUCCUGGUGCACCUGGAAAAGAUGCUGCGUAUUGUCCUUGUCCCCCCAGAACUCCAGCGUACCAAGGCGCAACACCAGCUCCAGCAUACAACGAGGAGUCGGAAGGAGGUUAUCGAAAGAGGAAGCGUCACUGA